AUGCUGCACAUAACAUUAGGUCAAGCCAUUUGGGCUUCUGUUAAGCCGAUCAUAAAAAUUUACUUGAUUAUAGGUGUAGGGUUUUUAAUGGCCAAGAUGGGGAUCCUAACAGUGGAGGCGACACGAACCAUUUCCGAUGUCGUACUAACGGUUUUACUUCCCUGCUUAUCAUUCAAUAAGAUUGUUGCUAACAUUGAGGAUAAAGACAUCAAAUCCGUAGGGAUUAUUUGUCUGUCCGCUGUACUUAUCUUUGUGACAGGUCUAUUUUUCGCAUAUAUGGUUAGACUAUUUCUGCCAGUACCCAAACAGUGGUAUGGUGGUAUUCUCGCUGGUGGUAUGUUCCCCAAUAUCAGCGACCUGCCCAUUGCGUAUUUACAAUCCAUGGACCAAGGGUUUAUAUUUUCAGCAGAAGAAGGUAACAAGGGUGUAGCAAAUGUCAUUAUAUUUCUGACAAUGUUUUUGAUUUGCGUCUUCAAUUUGGGUGGAUUUCGACUGAUUGAAAGCGAUUUUGAAUACAACGACAAUGAAAACGCUGCAAGAGUGUCAGAAACGACAGGCACAUUGCCCGCCACAGAUACGAACAGUACUACUAAUAAUAAAAAUUCCUCUCCGUAUGAACGCAAGAUUUUCAAUGACAAAUAUACCGCAUGUAACAGCCUCACUGAAGCUACAAACGCAUCAUCAAUAACAAGUCCAAGAAGAAGUAUAGGCCCCUUAUCAGUUGCGGGCACUCGUUCCGGUUCCAUAGUCACAAAACCUGCUCAGGCAAGGACAAAGGAUACUGUUGAACGCAUACAAGGUGAAGAAUCACAUAUAGCAUCUGGUUUAAACUCAUUGGAGAACCAAUCGUCCGCUUCGACAGUGCAUUCCUAUAAUACGUCAGAGAGUUACAAUAGCAGCCUGGAUACUAUGAGGGCACGGAGAAUACCAAGCCUACCGAGAGCUUACAAUACCGUUUCUGAAGAAAAGAGUCUAGACGAGUACCUCCCAGGAAAUAUAUCUAUGUCAGCCUUGGAGCCUAUCCGCUCCAUUGAUAUGCGUGCAUUGCCUCCUCAAGACAUACACCAUCUCAUUAGAGAAUACUCCAACGUUGACCAAUUUGGGCACAGAAGAAGGAACUCUAGUUUGAUCAGUUCCGAUAUGAAUGAUGCACAUUCAAUCAAGUCGAUCUCUACUCUACAAACUAUAAAAAAUGCCAAUCUAACUAGGAUUUUAACCUCGGAUGCCACCGUAAGUAAAAAGGAUAUUGAAACUUCGGGCGAAUCAUUACCCAAAUGGGUGAGAAAGUUCCCACUAACUCCCUUGCUAGUAUUUUUCUUGAAAAAUUGUUUGAGACCGUGUUCCAUGGCUGUCAUUCUCGCACUGAUUAUUGCGUUUAUCCCAUGGCUCAAGGCUCUAUUUGUCACUACCGCUAACACCCCGCACAUAAGGCAGGCACCAGACAACGCACCUGCAUUAAGCUUUUUUAUGGAUUUUACAAGUUAUGUGGGCGCUGCAUGUGUCCCAUUCGGGUUAAUCUUGUUAGGGGCAACCUUGGGGAGAUUGAAAAUCGGCAGGCUCUAUCCAGGAUUUUGGAAAGCCGCCGUGGUACUUGUCAUUUUGAGACAAUGUGUUAUGCCGAUUUUUGGUGUCUUAUGGUGCGAUCGGUUAGUGAAGGCUGGCUGGGUCAACUGGCAAGAUGAUAGCAUGCUAUUGUUCGUUAUUGCGAUUAGCUGGAAUUUGCCAACAAUGACCACCCUCAUAUACUUUACCGCCAGCUAUACACCUCCUGAGGUAACUGAGCCGAUCCAAAUGGAGUGUGUGUCCUUCUUCUUGAUGCUUCAAUAUCCACUAAUGACUGUUAGUUUGCCAUUUUUAGUUUCUUACUUUCUGAAAGUACAAAUGAAACUUUAG